AUGGGAAAUAGCGAAUCCAUAGCUGGUGGUCAGACAGCAGUUCCUGCUAAAGAGAACUCUGUAUGGGACAGAAAAUUUAUGAGGGAAUAUCCAUCCGACCUGCAAACACUGCAUGAAUUUAAGACAUUCUUGGGUCUGCAGGGUCUGAAUUCAAAGGCCAAUCAACAUGUUGAUCAAGUCUAUAAUACCUUUGACAUGAACAAGGAUGGAUUUAUUGACUUUUUAGAGUUUAUUGUUGCUGUAAAUUUAGUUAUACGAGGAAAAAUGGAGCAAAAAUUAAAAUGGUAUUUUAAACUGUAUGAUGUUGAUGGAAACGGUUCUAUUGACAAAAAGGAACUACUGAACAUCUUCAUGGCUGUACAAACCUUCAAUGGCCAGCAAACUCUGAGUCCUGAAGAAUUUACUAACUUGGUGUUUCAUAAGAUCGAUAUAAAUAAUGAUGAGAAGGUACUUCUUCAGAGGCUGAGUGAAAGGGAAGACACAGACAUUCCAGAAGGGGGAGUGCUUACACCAAAUGGCUUUGAUCUCAGUAAACCGAGACAGCUGAGUCAUUCCCUAUAUCAAGAAAAGGACGCUAAAAUUCUACUGUUGGACAAAGACAGCCCAGAGCACCAGAAAGCAAGGAAGAGAAAAAUUGACUUUAGAAGAAUUUAUCAACGGCACAGAAAAAGAUCAGGAUCUUCUGGAGAUUGUUUCCAAGAGCUUUGA